GAGUGAAGAAACCUGGUUUUGGUGUUACAUAUGCAAUGUGGCUGAAGACACACCUACUUAUUGUCCUCCUUGCAGGUCAAGCUUUUGGUCAGCUAAACUCCACUACUCCUUCCACCAUUACCACGGGUACAACAGCUGCACAAACUUCAACAAAUACAACCACUCAACAGACAGAAGUGUUUUACUUCCUUGAUGUCACUGUUGAUGUCACUGGACCGAGGAGAAAUGAAACGGAAAUCACUGCCUGGCUUGACCAAGUUUUCCGCAGUAAGCUCAGCGAAUGCUUGUUCUCAAACACAGGACCAACAACUGCUGCAUCCACAUCUCCACAAACUUUAAAUGUGCCUGAACAAUCAACAACACCACAGAUUCACAAUUCAACAACAACUGCAUUUUACAAUGUAACGCAAAACUUUAACUCAACUACAAAUGCAACGACAGACUUAAAUGGCAAUAUGACAACAGCUGCAACAACGUUAAAUAGCAACGACACCACGACAGCUGCAACAACAUUAAAUGGCAACGACACCACAACAGCUGCAACAACAUUAAAUGGCAACGACACCACGACAGCUGCAACAACGUUAAACGGCAACAACAGCACGGCAGCUGCAACAACGUUAAAUGGCAAUGACACCACAUCAGCUGCAACAACGUUACAUGGCAACAACACAACAACAUCUGGAAUGUUGCAUGGCAACGACACGACAGCUGCAACAACGUUAGACAGCAAUAACAUAACUACAGCUGCAACAGUGUUAAAUGGCAACAAUACAACAACAGCUGCAACAACGUUAGACAGCAAUAACAUAACUACAGCUGCAACAGUGUUAAAUGGCAACAAUACAACAACAGCUCGUCACAGAGCAACAGUCCAACCACAGCUACAAGUUCAACAUCAAAAAGCAACAAUCCUACCACCAGUGUAA